UCCCUCUUUGCUUUCUUUCGCUUUCUUCAACAGCCUGGUGCUGCCUCUUUAAUCGCUAAAUUACGAGAUGUUGGCCAAAUUCUUCGUGUAUGCUCUUCUGCCCCUUGCUGUUGUGAACGCUGCUCCCGCGAGGCGUGGAAUCAUUGACGAUGUGACGUCGGCUUUUGGCGAGGCUACCUCUGCUGCCGAGUCUGCAUGGCACGGUGUUACCUCUGCUUUCCAUGAGGGCGAGGUUGCUGGCACGGCUACGCAGAUCUACGACUCCGCGACCUCUGAACUUGGCACGUCCACCUCCAAGGUUUACGCGACCGUCACCACCAUCAGCGGAGCCCCCGUUGUGGAGGUGACGUCGGUUGGCGGCGCUGCCAUUACCCUUGCGACAUCCGGUGCGCACUCCGGCACCAGUACUGCCAGGGUUAUGACGACUACCUUUGCGGGUCACACCUUCCUCGUCCCCUCUGUCAGUGCAACUCACAAUGCUGCCGUCAGCAUUCAGAGCCUGACGCUGUCCAAGCCGAUGAUCUUGAGUGCUGUGACUGUCCUUGGCAGUCUCUUCGCUGGCGCGUUCGUUGUGCUGUAAAGAAAAUUGUGCGACGAUGGGAUGAUGUUUACGACCUUCAUGACUGCAUUGGGCAUAUUUCACGACUCAUGUUCUGGCCUCAAUAACACUCGUAAUUUAUCCUUUAUUUUUUUAAA